AUCUCCUGCUGUCAACGUCAAAAUUACAAAAUCUCUGUACGAUGAAAAUAAAGGGAUUGUUGUGUAAUUACAUGAAGAACAUAUUUAUAAUACAAUAGCAGUACACACAUUUGUAGGCUUAGUGUCGGUUAUACGUUUCGAUAUUAUAGAAGUACAAACAAAACACUUUUUCAUUCAUAUUAAAACCUCAUAGAACAUAACAUAACCUAUAACCAAAGUUAAUCCAAAAAUGUCUGAAGAAAAGCCUGCGACUGAACCUAAAACUGCGGCUGCAGACAAUCCUAGUAGUAAUAAAACUAGUAACGUACCUAAGGAAGGCGAGGCUUGGGGUUACGACUUGUAUCCUGAAAGGCGCGGCACUUUUACCGCGAAGUGGAGUAAUAUUCUGAUUGGUAAAGAAGGAAAGGAGAAUAUUGAUAAGUUUAAAUGUGAACAACAUGUCGUUGAUUGUGUGAAAAAUAGUUCAAUAGUCAAGUUAAUGAUGGCAGCUUUGAAGAGUUCUGGUUGUCCAAUUGACAUUCGGCGACAUAUAUCAUGUGAAGUAUGUGACUACUCCGUAAGUGGUGGAUAUGACCCGGAACUAAACCAGAUAGUGGUAUGUCAAAAUGUCUCCACACGACAGGGAAUGGUACAGGGUGUUCUCGCACAUGAAAUGAUUCAUAUGUUUGACUACUGCCGCAACCAGCUAGACUUUAAAAACAUGGAACAUCUAGCGUGUACUGAGAUAAGGGCGGCAAACCUCACUCACUGCUCGUUCGCGAGUGCCUGGUCACAGGGUGAUGCUUCUUGGACUAACUUUAAAAAGGCACAUCAGGAUUGUGUUAAAACGAAAGCUCUGUACUCCGUACUGGCUGUGAGACAAAUCGGGAAGAGAGAGGCAGUUGACAUCAUAGAAAAAGUAUUCCCGAAAUGCUAUGUUGAUCUAGAACCCAUAGGUCGGCGAAUUAGAAGAAACUCCGACGAUAUGCUGAAAGCAUUCAAGGAGGCGGCAUACUAUGGUUACGAAUAAAAAUAUUGUCCACAGAGUAGUGUAAAAUAUUUAUGUAGAUAGUGUAAAAUACUUAUAAAUAUUAUGUACAACUGUUACGUUACAAAUCAGUAAGGGAAAUUUGUUAAAUAAAACAACUAGAAAUGAUUUAAAA